AGCAACUUAACCCCAAAGCAGGGAUGGCUCUAGAGCCUAAGGUCACCCUCGUCACCGCCAAAGCCAAGGUCACUUACCCAGUAGACCCUUCCGCUUACGAGCUUCUCAGCGUGAUUGGCCAUGGAGUCAGCGCCGUAGUUUACAAGGCCAAGUGCCUCCCCAUGCGAACGACUGUGGCCAUAAAGACGGUGGACCUCGAACACUCCCCGAGCCUGAACUUGGACAGCCUUCGCCGGGAGACUCAGACCAUGGCCCUCCUCUCCCACCCCAACCUCCUCUCUGCCCACUGCUCCUUCAUCGUCGGACCUUCCCUGUGGAUCGUCAUGCCUUUCAUGGCCUGCGGAUCGUUGCACUCCAUUAUGACCUCAUCCUUCCCAGGAGGCCUAGACGAACAGGUGAUAGCGAUUGUUCUCCGAGACACCCUCAAAGCCCUCGACUACCUCCACCGUCAAGGCCAUGUCCACCGCGACAUUAAGGCGGGCAACAUCCUCGUCGACAGCGAUGGCUCCAUUAAAGUUGCAGACUUCGGCGUCGUCUCGGGGUCCGUCUUUGAUUACUCCUCUGGGUCUAACCUGCUGAGCGACAUCACGGGGACUCCCUACUGGAUGGCGCCGGAGGUCAUUCUGGCCGGCGACCGGCAGGGGUACAACUACAAGGCCGACAUGUGGUCGUUCGGGAUCACGGCAUUGGAGUUGGCGCACGGCCAUCCCCCACUGUCCAACCUUCCCCUGGCCAAGGCGCUCACGGCGAAGACGUCCCUGCGGAUCGCCUCGGCCGAGUCGAUUUUCAAUGAGAAGAAGUUCUCCAAGGCUUUUAAGGAGAUGGUGGCCAUGUGCCUCGUCGCCGGCGACCCCGCCAUGCGUCCCUCCGCCGAGAAGCUCUUGAAGCACCCUUUCUUCAAGAAGUGUAAGAGCUCCGACCAUUUACUGAAGAUGGUGCUGAAGGAUCUGCCCAGCGUGGAAGACAGAGCCGCAGCCGCUAAGGGUACUUCAAGGAUUGAUCAUGAAGAAGACGAACAGGACGCGAGGAGGAGAUGCAGAAGGAUCAGCGGAUGGAAUUUCAACGAGGAGAUCUGCAAAGUAGAGCCCGUCUUCCCCAAGGAGCCCAUUAACAGUAAUAAACCGGCCAAUGUAGGCGAGAAUCCAGAUGGAGAAGCUGAGAAAGUGAUCGUGGAGAAGAUGGACAACUUAUCUCUUCACGUCAAGCCAGGCGAACAAUCAGAGGACAAGGCAGCAAACGCUUGCAGGGAUGACCAAAAGCCAGUACCAGACGAGGCAACUCCUCAGACGACGGAUAAAGAUAACGAGAAACCAGAUGGAUCAACUGUUGGAUGGAAGAUUAAUGAAGUAACAAGAGAACCAGCAAAGCCAGAGUUGAGACCAGAACCAAGAGGUGAUCAAGAUCCGGCGAGAUGGGUGGCUCCCCAUCUGCAUUCAAUCCUCGGUGGAUCCUUAGAACAAGGUGAAAUGGUGGUGAGCAUGAUGAAGAUGUGCUGUGGCCCCGAUGACAACAAGACACACGAAGAAGUGAGAGUUUUGGAGCUAUGGCUGCAAGUGCAGAGGUUGAGAGUGGAGAUUGUCAAGUUGGAAGACGAAGUGGACAGGCAGAAGAGAAGAAACCAAGAGUUGGAGAAACAAUGCCUAAAGAAGAAAUAGGAGAGACCAGCCAUUGCAGGUUCCAGUUGGAGAUUGAUGAACACCUGCUACGGCCAUUAGAUUAUAAGUGAUUUGGAAACUAAUGAACAGAAGGCGAUCUCUUUCCUGUAUCCUUGUGUUGGCAUGCUCCUGUAUCCUACUGUUAUUAGGAAGUACAGCAGGAACAUAUUUUGCAGGCAAUUAUCUACUUGUCCAUUUGAAGAUAAAUGCAUAUUAACAUUGA